AUGGCGUCUGUCUACGAGGAGAUUGUAGCAAAUCAACCCUUAGUUAUUGACAACGGAAGCGGCUUUCUUAAGACUGGUUUCGCUGGAGAUGAUGCGCCUAAAGCUGUCUGCCCCGCCUUUGUUGGGAGACCGAAGCACAAGAGGGUGAUGGCGGGAGCAGUAGAAGGAGACAUCUUCGUUGGCCCCAAGGCAGAGUCUCUGCGGGGUUUGCUGUCUCUUCGCUAUCCGCUGCGCCACGGCAUAGUAGAGGAUUGGUUCGACAUGGAGACGCUCUGGGCCUUCGUAUUCUCGCACCUCAACCUCAACUCAGAAGAACAUCCGGUUUUACUAACUGAGAGUGCCCUGAACCCGCGGAGACAGCGCGAGAAGGCAGCAGAGAUUUUCUUUGAGUCCUUUAACUCUCCUGCUUUGUUUGUCUCUUCUCAGCCUAUCCUCGCCUUGUACAGCAGCGGGAGGACUACGGGCUUAGUGUUAGAUGUUGGAGACGGUGUCUCUGUAGCUGUUCCUGUUGUUGAGGGUUUCGGUAUAACGCAUGCAAUUAAAAGAGCAGAUAUAGCAGGACGAGAUGCGGAGUUUGAGAUCGUGCGUCAGAUAAAAGAGCAAGCUUGUUACGUCGCCUUCAACCCGCAGAAGGAGGAGACAAAUGCAGCAGACAGCAGCGGGGGCGGCUACCCCUUUCAACUGCCGGACGGCACUUCUAUUGCUGUCGGAGUAGAACGAUACAGAGCCCCUGAGAUUUUGUUUCACCCGUCUCUGAUUGGUUUGGAGUACCCAGGUAAUAUAAUUCUUUACCUGUACAUACACCUCAUGCAGCAGCAGCAGCAGCAACAGCAGCAGCAGCAACAGCUGCAGCAGCAGCAGCAAUAG